AUGUCAUUAUACGAGAACUGGAUAUGGAAGGCGGAGCCAGAUUCCCCUAGUGGGACUUCAAUAGGUGAAGCCGAAGACGAUUGGAUCUAUAUCGACGAUCAAUCCUCAACAUUAGUAAACGAUAUCCUUGAUCCUGAAUUAUACGACGAAAAUCCAACGCGUGCACAAGUUGCUAGCAAACUUUUAGAGCAAUUGGAUGAAUUAGUUAAAGAAGAGCCCUUACCUGGUUGGUUUGAAGAUCGGCCAGAAUCAUUGUUUGAUGAAUUAUCAACAUCAGAAUGUAUUCAAAACAAGCCAGUGAUUUAUUCUCAACCACAAGCGCCAACAACACAAUCAUUUUUACAAGAAUGGGAAACUGUUUUUGGUGGUGUAGAAUCAUCAUUCCAAAUGAUUUACCCCUCGGGCAGUUCAGCUUUGACUCCGCCGCAGUCACCACCGUAUAUACAUUCUGACUCAUUGUCAGUUAAUUCUCAGCAGAUUCUUAUUAAUUUAGACCCAACAGCUUUGUCUAAUAUUCAAUUUACAUAUCCAUCUAUUGCUGAUACUGUUGUAAUUCCCCCUUCGAUUAAUCUCAUUAAUCAACAAGAACAACAUCACCAACAGCAACAACAACAACAACAACAACAACAACAACAACAACUGGAGCAGCAGCAGCAAGUGAUUGAAGAAGAAUCUAUUGAUAAAAGUGAUGCAUCUUAUCUUGGUCAAAUAUCUGGCGAAUGGAAUGCUGAAAAUGUAUCAUUAUUACCACUGGCAGGUGAUGUGGCAAGUGAAUUAGCAGUUGUUGAUGAAUAUGUUAGAUCAUGUGUCGAAUCAAUGUCACCAACAAGUCCGAUAAAUAGCACCGUCAGCAGCUAUUUGUCUUCCGAAGAUUCAGUUGAUGAUCCUGAUUGGACUCUAGAUUCAUCUAUCAGCAGUAGCAAGGCUAGCAGUAGGAACAGCAAUUAUGGCAAACGUAAUCAGAAAACAACCCGCACUCGCAGUAAGCCCUAUGCACGUUCGAUCGAUGAUAAAAAAAAUCGUAAGAAGGAGCAAAAUAAGAAUGCAGCCACGCGUUAUCGUAUGAAAAAGAAGCUUGAAGUUAAAGAGAUCGUUAGCGAACAAGAUGAGUUAGAAGACAUCAAUGGUAAACUCAAGGAUCAAGUUUGUGAGUUGAAGCGAGAGAUCGGAUACUUGAAGGGGCUUAUGCGCGAUUUAUUUAAGGCUAAGGGUUUAAUCAAUUAA